AUGAGUUUCCAACCAGUCAACCCCCGGCCGUUCCUGCAAGCUCGUGUCGGCACCGAGCUCGUCAUCCGCCUCAAAUGGGGCCAGACAGAGUACAAGGGCAAGCUGGAGAGCAUUGAUUCGUACAUGAACGUGCUCCUGCGGGAUACGGAGGAGUUCAUCGACGGGAAGAACACGGGGACACUUGGUCUGGUGCUGAUUCGGUGUAACAACAUCCUCUGGAUGGGUUCUGCGGACAGCGUCGAGAUGACGGAUCUGGGAUUGCGAUAG